AGAAGUUGUUGUUGUUCCAAGUGGCUCUUGGGUGAAAAAGGGUGUUGUUGAACGUUUUCUUGACUUGACUUUUAUAGAUCAGUUAAACUCUUUAUAUAUAAUUUUUCUGAAGUAAGAUCAGCCUACAUGAGAUGUUUAUUUGUCACAAUUUACAUCGUCUUCUGGUAUUUAAUUAGAUGUUUGAUUGCUCUGGUCUAUUCUUUAUCUGAACGCUAUGACAAAGGAAUAGCGAAUAACUGUUGCCUACACAUUUCUUGUCAUGUGAAGAAACGCUGAAGAAACAGUAGCUUGCUUGAUGGAUCUGGACAGAGCUAGCCCGUCCCCCUCCACCCUGCCGGAGUCCCCUGGUCACAACUCUCCCGGUAGCGCCUUACUGCUGGGUCUGAAGAGGGUGUCUGUUUGGCUGGUCGACUGCAGGAAAACAUCAGGGCAGAGUGGAACUGUGAGAGAAGGACAUGAGGAGGGAGAUGGAGAUUUUAUUUCAUCAAGUAAGAACAAUGGGGACACCCCUAACCGUCGUUCUCUCAGUGGGAGGGACUUAUCAUCUGGAGAGCCUCAACAACAUCAUGCUGACGAGACAGAGAAGAGUCUCUCCCGAUCAGAACACCCCAAGAAACACCAGCAGAGACGUACAGGGAAGAAACCUCACCACUGCUGCUCUGACUUUGGGAAGAGUUUCACUACACGAAGGUCCUUAAUUCACCAGCGGAUUCCCACAGGAGAGAAACCAUACCGCUGCCCUCAGUGCGGGAAGACUUUUGCUGCAUCUAAUACCUUAAAGUCCCAUCUAAGAAUCCAUACAGGAGAGAAACCGUACUGCUGCUCUCAGUGUGGAAAGACUUUUGCUGCAUCUAACGCCUUAAAAUCUCAUCUGAGAAUCCAUACAGGAGAGAAACCGUACAGCUGCUCUCAGUGUGGGAAGAGUUUCACUUGUCCAGGGGGUCUUAAAGUACACAGAAGAAGCCAUACAGGAGAGAAACCUUACAGAUGCUCACAGUGUGGAAAGAGUUUCACUGCUUCUCACACCUUAAAAUUCCAUCUGAGAAUUCAUACAGGGGAGAAGCCUUACCCCUGCCUUGAUUGUGGGAAAGGCUUUGUUAACUCGGGAGCUCUAACCAUACACCAGCGUGUACACACUGGAGAGAAGCCUUAUAGCUGUGAACAGUGUGGAAAGAGCUUUGCUGUAUCAGAAAAACUAACUAUACACCAGCGCAUACACACUGGAGAGAAACCUUAUAGCUGUGAUCAGUGUGGGCAAUGCUUUGCUCGGUCAGGAGAGCUGACUACACACCAGAUAACACACACUGGAGUGAAGCCUUAUAGCUGUCACCAGUGUGGGAGGAGCUUUGCUCUAGCUUCCACCCUGACUACACACCAGCGAACACACUCUGGAGAAAAACCUUAUAGCUGUUAUCAUUGUGGGAAGAGCUGUGCUCGAGCUUCCUCCCUGACGAGACACCAUCGAACACACACUGGAGAGAGAACUUAUGUUUGUCUAUGUGGAAAGAGCUUUGCUCUAGCUUCCACCCUGAAUAGACACCAGCGAACACACACUGGAGAGAAGCCUUAUAGCUGUCAUCAGUGUGGGAAGAGCUUUGCUCGAGCUUCCUCCCUAACCAGACACCAACGAACACACACUGGAGAGAAGCCUUACAGCUGUGAUCAGUGUGGGAAGACCUUUGCUCUAUCAGAACACCUGAAUAGACACCUGCGAACACACACGGGAGAGAAGCCUUAUAGCUGUGAUCAGUGUGGGAAGAGCUUUGCUCUAACUGACAGCCUGACUACACACCAGCGAACACACACUGGAGAGAAGCCCUAUAGCUGUGAUCAAUGUGGGAAAAGCUUCAGUCAAUCAGGGACCCUGAAUUCACACCAGCGAACACACACUGGAGAGAAACCUUAUGUCUGUCUAUGUGGGAAGAGCUUUGCUCUAUCAGGACAUCUUAAUUCACACCAGCGAACACACACUGGAGAGAAACCUUAUGUCUGUCAAUGUGGAAAGUGCUUUUCUCAUUUAGGGCCAAUGAAAAAACACCAGAAAACAGAAAUGUGCCGUAUUUGAUCUCCCUCCUAUCCAACACCAGUUCCAGAUCCCUAAAUAAAGGAUCAAUAGAAAACAUCUAGUAAAUCAGUCAUAUCCAUCUCCCAUUCUUAAACAGUUGACUUAGUCUGAUCACCAUGGUAACCUCUGAGGAGCAUAAUAUGCAGCUCUGAUCUAGGAUCAGGUCUCCCCUGUGUCUGUGUAAUAUCACACAUUUGUGAUCUAAAUUGAUACAUGUUAUCAUAGAAAAUGUCAUAGUGAACCUGUGUGUUAAUAAUUGUAUCUUAUUUCAUAUACUCAUGAUACUAUUAUUAUUAAAUGUCAUUAUGUAGAAUAAUGUUUCAACAAUAGUAGGUGUGUAUUCAUGUAUUCAAUUGAUCAAUAAAUUCAAUCCAUUAUCUUCUGAACAACGUCUGCUUAUCACUUUAAUUUGAUAUUUUAUUUAUGUAAAUUAUUUAUUUCCAAAAUUGAUUAAAAUGCUCGUAAAACUAUAAUAAAUUAUACUUUACAUAAUAAUAUCCAUGAACAACAAUAUAAACGCAACUUGUAAAGUAUUGGUCCCAUGUUUCAUGAG